AAGUGCGCUGUGACUCCGAAUCUCCAGUCCUGGAUUUAUUUUUGUGUUGUUGGACGCUAUAACCCAUCUGACUGCCUCAUUCCUUCCUGCUGCGUUCUCUCGCAUGCGGCCAUUCCUUCGCCUCAGUGUAUGCUACAGCAAAAGAUCAUUCCUACAUAUUCCUCGGUUCCCAUACCCUACAUCCCGCGCUCCCCCAUUCUGUCGGACCUACUCGAUUAUGGCAAAAGACAAGGAUAAAAAGCAAGAGCUGAUCAAAAACCCAAAGGGAACAAGGGACUGGUCGGGUGAAGACGUUGAUCUCCUGGAAGAUAUCCUUGCCCAGAUUUCCAGAGUUUUCCGUCGUCAUGCAGGAAAGAAGCUCGACACACCCGUCUUUGAACGAGAGGAGGUUCUCAAAGGGAAAUACGGAGAAGACUCGAAGCUCAUAUAUGAUCUGAAAGACCAAGGCGGUGAACUGUUGUCCUUGCGAUAUGAUCUUACCGUUCCAUUCGCUCGGUGGUUGGCCAUGAAUUCAAACAUCAAGAACUACAAACGAUUUGCGAUCAGUAAAGUCUAUCGGAGAGAUCAGCCUGCAAUCGCCAAAGGACGUAUGCGAGAGUUUUACCAAUGCGACAUCGAUUUUGCAGGAGCAAGUGACCCAAUGAUGGCCGACAGCGAGGUUAUUGCCAUCAUUGUAGAGGUCUUUGAGUCGCUUGAAUGGACUGGCCGAUACACCAUUAAACUAAAUGACCGGAGAAUCUUAGACGGCCUCUUUGAAGUGUGCGGUGUGCCAGAAGAGAAGAUCAGAACGAUUUCGAGUGCAGUUGACAAGUUGGAUAAGAUGCCCUGGGAAGAAGUCAAGACCGAAAUGGUUGAGACGAAAGGACUCGACGAGGCUGUCGCAGACAAGAUCAAAACCUACGUGACGAGGAAAGGUGGCAGAGAUCUCCUCGAAGAAUUGAAGAAGGACGAAGCCAUGAUGGCAAAUGCCAAAGCGAAACAGGGUAUCGAAGAGAUGAACACGUUGAUGGAUUACCUGGAGGCAUGGGGCGCACUUGACAAGAUCUCCUUUGACCUGUCACUGGCCCGUGGCCUGGAUUAUUACACUGGUGUUAUCUACGAAGUCGUAACCGAAGGCUCUGCUCCGGUGAUUGCCGAUGGCAACAGCGUGGCCAAAGAAGCCCAGAAACAAGGCAGAAAAGAAAAGAAAGCACUCGGCGAGGACGAGGACCGUUCGAACGAUCCUUCAGUUGGUGUCGGCUCAGUCGCGGCUGGUGGUCGGUAUGACCAUCUUGUGGAACGAUUCAGACCAAACGCUGAUAUCCCAUGUGUGGGGAUCAGUUUCGGUGUUGAUCGAAUAUUCAGCAUCACCAAAGCGAGGAUAGCCAAAGGUGAAACUUUCAGCUAUGUCUCCUCCAAUGCCCCCGAUGUGUAUGUGAUGGCAUUUGGAGGCGGCGGAUUCGAUGGAAUGCCCAAGCAACGGAUUCAGAUCACAAAGAUCUUACUGGAUGCCGGCCUAAAGGUCGAGUUUACGUACAAAAAGAAACCAAAGCCACAAGUGCAAUUCAAGAAUGCGGAGAACGCUGGGGCGCCUUUUGCAGUCAUUCUUGGGGAGGACGAGCAAGCCAAAGGAGAGGUGCGAGUGAAGGAAAUGGGUCUGCCUGAUGGCCAUCCUGAGAAAGAAGGUGUCCUCGUCAAGAUAGCAGAACUAGGCGCUGAAGUGUCCAGACGCGUGAAUGACAAAAGCAUGGUCGCAAAGACCGAAAGCAUGAGCGUGAGUUGAAAGCAAGGAUGUAGCUCCAGCACUCGUGGUCCAGUAUUGCUCGCCACGGUCAUCGACCCUAAGAUUUCCGCUCAACUAGGCCAAGCGUAGGGUCGAGAAUGGCGUCGAAGCAGAGCGCCCCAAGUUCUGCGCCAUUGUUCCAGACCGGAACAGCUUCCAAGGACUUGGGGAACUCUCGGAGGAUUACUCCCUACGGAGCACCACGAGAAUUCUUUGAGGCUCUUGGUCUCCUCGGCAAUAGGCCAACAUGCUGAACGAGCAGCCCAAGCAGGAUAGUCCACCAAGGCACCUAGAUGCUCGGGUAGCUGUGUCCCGAUAGAUUUGCUUCGGUUCAGACAAACCCAAUCUUCUAUCAAACAGAC